CGUCAUCGGCAAACAUCAACCUACCAAUGUCAACGGCAAUGUGAACGCGAACUCGGUGACGCAAGCGCGGCAGCAACAGCGGCUGCAGCAGCAGCGGCCGCCGCCGCCGCCACCGCCACCGCCGCGGCCGCCGCCGUGGCGAUCAACAGCUACAAGGUGCAGGAGUACAAGGAUUACUCGCAGCCGCUCCACGUGGACUGCAGUGUCGAGUACGAAUUGCCGAGCCAGGCAAAGCCGCCGCCCGGCGGCGGCGAGCCCCUCCUAAUGAUCCAUCCGUGCUACUAUCGACGUGCCGAGCGCGAGAGGAGGAGCCCCUUUGUCAAUAAUCUGCCGCCGCCGGCGGCGCCGGCGACGGCGCCCAUGUCCGCCUCCCGCAGGAACGGCCGCAGGAGCGCGGCGACGGCGUCCACCGCGGCCGCCGGUGUCACGGCGACAGCCGCCACCGCGACUGCCUCUUCGACGACGACAACGGCCGUCGCGCAACAGCCGAAAAACACCAAUGGCAAUGUCGUUUCCUCGAACGUCGUUUCCUCGAACGUCGUAUCCACCACCGCUGCCGUGUCGCCGACGACGUCCACCAUCGCGUCGUCCUCGGUCGCCGCGGCGGUGGUGGCCACCGCGGACUCCGGCAACGGUCUCAUAUCCACGACCGACCAGAUGUCCGCUGUCACCAUGGCAGCCUCGUAUCGCGCGGCACUCAAUGUCGCGGCCACGCUGUCUCAGCAGCAGACACAGCAACAGCCACAACGACGGCAUCAUCCCCAACAGCAACAGCAACAGCAGCCGCAGCCGCAGCAGCAGCAGCAGCAGCAGCAGCAGCAGCAGCAGCAGCAGCAGCAGCAGCCGAGUCACCAUCAUCAUCAUCACCAUCAUCACAGGAAUCACACUCAUCAACAGCAACCGCAACAUCAUACCCAGCAGCAACCGCAGCAACGAUCCUUAACACCAACGGCUUCCGGCGGCGCCGAACUCAUCUCCGCCGACGAGAAGGCGGUCAUAUCAGGUAUUUAUCAACAUUACUUCCGCGCCAUGCGCGCCCACAAUCAUCAACACCGCCAGCAGCAGCAGCAGCAGCAGCAGCAGCAGCCGCCGCAGCAUCGUACCACCGCUCAUCAGCUCCAUCAGCACCAACCACACCAAAGCGACCGAAGUUCCUCCUCUUCGUCGUCGGUCACGUCCGCGACGUCCGCGUCGAUCUCUGGUAUCUUACGGCAAACGUAUCAGCAAGCGUACAGCAACGUCGCGGCGGUCACGUGCUCGAGCGCGAGCUCGAACGGUCAUCAUCGCGCCACGUCGGUCUCGGCGGCAAUCGCUCAUCAUCCCUACAGACGGCCGUCGACGUUGCUGUCGCGGGCUGCCUCGCAUAUCGGACAGCAGGCCUCCUCUUCCUCGUCUUCCUCCUCCUCCUCUUCGUCCAUAUUCGGUGCUUCCAACGGCGUCUCCGCCGCGGCCGGCGUCUCUAGCGUCUACGCCAGCACGAUACACAGGCAUCACGCGACCUCCCUGCACGCUCUUCAUCAGGCCGCCGCCGGCUUCUACGAGACGCCGAGCUAUCACGCCCUCCUGCCCCAAAGUUAGACGACGAUAGCCGGCAGACCGGGCGGUUUCGCCAUGUUGAAUGUCUACGCGUAACAACCGCAGCAACCAUCGCGACGAACAUUGUAUUAUUAUGAAUCGAAGCGAACGCGCAUUGUGAAUCUCGAGCGAGCAAUCGCAGAGAGAGAGAGAGAGAGAGAGAGUCUUUCUUCUUCCGCUGCUUCUUUAUCAAGUCUCGCCCGAUGAUCGGAAAGAUUUGAUAAGGGAGAAGGCAAAGUCGUAAAGCAAAAUCUCUAGAAGAAAUGCGUCUGAGUUAAGAAGGAAUUAGCGAUUUUUAGAUGGCUUUUACGUGACAUUUUAAUAUACGCGCGUUCGCUCGUAAAGCGCGGUUCAUAAUGGUACUAUGGGAAACCGUUGUCGAGCAUCAUUCAGCGGCCGUCAAAUUUGACACCGAACGCUUGUUGCGACAAUUGUCGACUACUGUUGCAACCGAAAACCUCUGAUGUAAAUUGCGCACCAACUGUCACUUUGCGCGUAGACAAUGCAUUAGUCGCCGCGGGCGACGCUUAUAAUGGCUGUGCUCUGUCCUCCUUCUUUUCUUUCCGAAAUCGCAAUCUUCGAAAAAAAAAAAAAAACUGAUUAUUUAAUAAGCGACUUAUCGUCAUUUUACGAUAUUGUUCUUCUAUGUAUGUGUGUCGGAGACAGUUCGGCCAAUAUCGGCACUGAUAUCGGCCGUUAUUGUUUCAAGCCUUCGUUUUUCUACGCGUAACAAUUUAUAUAGUUUGUAGAGCCACGCGGAAACAAGUUCGCGUAAAAGUCACGUAGACAAUAGACGCGGGGCAGGCAUGUAGCGGCUUUACUUCAUAAACGUUUAUAAACAUUUAUUACUUUAUAAAAUGCACAUAAUUUAUAGCGAAUCAAACGCUUAUGAACGUUUAUGAAAGAAUAGUCCGUAGGAUGGCGAGAGGACAGGUCUUCCCACUGAAAAUGCGCUACGGCGAAAUAGUUGGUCGAUAAAAAUUCGAAGGUACGCUAAAGACUCAGGGAUAUAAAGAGUCCUUUUGCGCAUAGUCGAUAAUCUAAAGUAAUUUCCUUCGACCCUUUCCGUCGACCUAAACCGACCCUAAAAGAGUCAGGCUAUGAUGUAGGUAAAUGGAUGUCGUUGACCGCGAUAUGCGUCGUUUAGCAGUUGCCUUUUACCGCCGGUCUUUUUUUUUUUCUUCUCUUUUUUUUUAACAUCCUCCUGCUGAAAUACUACGUACCGAGCGACAGUUCGGACGUGCUAUAGAUAAACGCAGCGUAGACACUCAAUACUAAUUAGACUCGCUGACGACGACAAAUGUUCUCGCGACCGAAACGGCGCGAGCAAAAUUCGCAGGCGCAUUCACGACGACGACGACGACGACGACGAGGACGGCAUAAAUGGCGGACGCCUCCUUCGCCAGGACGCGCGGCUAUAUCGAAUUAUGAUCCGAUGUUGCUCGCCCUCGGUGUGGAUUUACCUUAAUCCCACGAGAGAGGCCGUGUCUGUUCUCUCUCUCUUUCUCUCUCUCUCUUUUCAUAUAUCUCUCUCGUGCGCCCUGUUCCGCGCGACUUAUCAUCUCGAUCGUUAAAAGUGCAUGCGGGUGGGUCUAUAGCGCGCAUAGUCGGCAUAGGGUACAUCUGUCUCCCCGCGCGCAUCUACGGGGUGUCCCGAAAGCAAAAUCGCCGUACCGAUCUCUUUGAUGUUAAAACUCUCAUUCGGAAGUUCGAUUAACGCCAAAUCGCUAAUUCCUCUCGGUGUAUUAUUUUUUAUCCACAAAGAAUAUAUCUUUGAUGAAGAGGGGGGAUGUCGCGGAGGAGCGCGCGUAUCGGAUGCGGCACUGAUUAAACGAAGGUAAGCGCUCGGCAAAUUGCAGUUUGCAUUGAACGACAUUGCAAGGUGCCGAAAGUGCGAAUAAGGAACCCUAGACGCGCCUCUCGUGCUUUUUUUAUCGCUCACCGAUUAAAUUUCCCCCUUGAAAAGGAUCGAACGCCACUCUCCGCAAGCAUUUAAUUUUAAUCGUAAAUUAAUCAAGUCUCGAGUUAACAUUCCGCAUCGGUGCCGUCCGAAUUUCCGACGACCACUCGAAAUUAAUUAAAACGCUUCGCGAAUGUAUUUGCCGAGGUCCGGCUUCGCCGAAGUCGUUUUCGACUUCGACGAGUUCGAGAUAACUCAAAGACGGGGACACUCCCGUGCUUCACCCGCCGCCGGUUCUUCCCUCCCGAGAACCUCCGCUCCGCUCUUUCGGCAUGCGUAAGCGGCUCGAACUCGAGGAAGUUUCGAAUCGCGCGGAACACCCCGUAUACCGCCAUCGUCGGCACAACGAUCGUACGUGCCGUGUUCGUUGUUGACGGUGAGCGGGUGGCCGGACGGACGGGCACCGAAUAAACACACGUCGUGUGCACACACACGCACACACGCGCGCAUGCACACGCGCGUAAACAUACACGCGCGCACACGCGUAUCCGUACUACACACACGCGGCGGACUGAUGGAUGGACAUAUGGGUGGGACGAAGGGGGAGAGAGCAGUUGAAAUGGUCGUCGUUCGUAUACACACGUCAGGCGUUCCACCUGCAAUGAGCACGACUUCAGGUAGAGAAAAGAAAUCCCCGUUUGCUUAGGGCCGCAUUAGCAUCCACUAUGUUCUGGCAGCUACGUUUUCGGGUCCUCUCCCCCCUUCCCCCUUCCCCUCCCCAUCGGGCCCUCGAGAGCUCGUGAGAUGUCGUCUCCCUCUCUCCCUCAACCGCUCCGCCAGCCUCCACGGCUCCUCACUCAUUCCUCCAUUAUUCAGUAUCCUCAAGAAGGAUAGAGAACGUCGCCGGUAUUCUCGAAGGAUGGACGGUGCGCUCGAUUUCGGAGCUCUCUGGUUUCACCGCGGGCGUCGUGGAUUCGCGACUUCAUCGGGUCCAAGGAGUCCUCGGUCCUCGGAGAGAGUUCUCCACUCUCUCUCAAGAUAAAUUUGUUCUACCCUCAUAAGGCGCGCGGAGAAAGAUUAGAAAAAUUCUUUUUAUCUGGAGAGACGGGAAAGAUAUAUACUAGAUCUCAUUGCUUUUUGAUCCCACGGAUCCGCGAUUACGCACGGUGUCCCCGAAGCCGCAGAUCAUUGUGUGAGUCGCAGUUCUGUGAAGCCACAGAUUCUUAAGUACGGGAUGUGUGGAAGAAGCGUCAGAUGUCGACCGCAGUUACUAGAAUCCUGCGAAGGGCUGGAGGAGGUUCUAGUUAGAGAACGAAUUAAAAGUGUGAAGGAUAGAGAGAUAAAUUCUUUAUAUAUUUAUUUCGCGUUUUUCUAUCGCGUUUUAAAUCUUCUCAUAAAUGAUAAAAUAACUUCAUCUUCUUAUAGAAAAAUUCAUUUUAUGUAUAGAGCAAAAUAUGUCUUCAUUUCAAUAUCCGGUUUCUAUAAAAAAUUAUUUAUAAUUUGAAAAUUUAUUUGGGCACAAGUUAUAUUAUUAUAU